AUGGCGCUCGGUGUCGGCGGCAUCGCGCUCAGGACAGGCCAUGCGGCGUUCGGGGGUGUGACGGCAGGGCAGAACCGCUGGGUUGAGGAGGGGUGGGAGGCGCGAAGGAUGCGGGAGCAGCCACAGGCCAGGCUGGGGCAGCGGCUGAGGGAGCCUGAGAGAGCAGGAGAGGCCACCCGAGCCGGGGAUUCUCUGAAUUGUCAUGCUCGGCAGGCUUGGCGCCAACUUGGCGCCAUGCCAGCUGUACCGCUCCGCCGGGCCUGUUAUGCACAGAGUCCGUGCGCGUCCCAGGCGCGUCCAUCCUUCGUGCUCUCCAGAUGCGAUCAUGGAGCUCGCAGCACGCCCUGCUGA